AUGGCACCAACCAGUAGCUCACCAGUACGAAGUUGCCUGGGUCAGGCCUUGCAGAGCCUUGGAUCGCUUACCCAAUCCGUAUUUUGUCAACAGUUUGAAGACAUGGCAUUGUACAAGAGCCCCACGGCCAGGGCCCCGGUUAGCUCUGCAACCACAUGGCCCAUAUCAACUGGAGCUGGUAGCGUCAGCGGAGUCGUGAUCCCGAUCUACGGCGACCGUAGAUCCAGGGUUGGGCCCGCCAGAUGUUGA